GCCGGAGCCGACAGUGACAUCAUGGCGAUGGUGGUGGUGGCGUCGGGCCGGUGGCGCCUCGUUUUUCCACAGUUUUUCCGUCACUGCUCGAGAACAACCUCUGCGACGAAACCCAUCAUCCCACAAUCAUCCUUAUGCCCAGAUAAGCCCAGUAGCCCCUUCCAGUAUGCCCCAGCACACCUGCACACCCAGGGCAGAGUGGGCAGGGGUUGGUGGGUGCCAUGGGUGAGUACCAGGGCCAUACACACCUCAGCCCCUGCCCACAAACUGGUGCCCUUCAUCUUGGCAGACAUUGGGGAAGGCAUAAGGGAGGUGGUGGUAAAGGAAUGGUUCGUCAAAGAGGGGGACACAGUGGCCCAGUUUGACAGCAUAUGUGAGGUUCAGUCCGACAAGGCAUCUGUCACCAUCACCAGCCGCUAUGAUGGCGUCAUCAAAAAGCUCUACCAUGAGGUGGACGACACGGCCCUCGUCGGCAAGCCUCUUGUGGACAUUGAGGUGUCCAAGGAAGAUGACUCCGUGGGUGCUGAGGUGCAGGAGGGUGAGGCCAUCUCUGUGGGGCGCCCAAUUGGUGGCAGCGCCGAGGAGACUAGUAACUUCACCCUGCCCCGGGGCAAGGUGCUGACCACCCCCGCUGUGAGGAGGAUGGCGUCUGAACACAAGAUCGACCUCAAUGAAGUACAGGGCAGCGGCAGGGACAGCAGGAUACUGAAGGAGGACCUGCUGCAGUAUGUAGAGAAGAGGAGUGGCAAGCCCACCCACCGCCCACCCCCCUCACCCCCCACCCCCUCACCCACGCCCACAGUGCUGAGCCAUCCGUCCCCGCCCCGUCAGCAGCCCCCAGCCAGCCCCGCCCAACCACGCGCCCCGCCUCGCCCUGUCAUACUAGGCCAGGAUAAAACAGAGGCCAUCAAAGGGUUCAAGAAGGCCAUGGUGAAGAGCAUGACCCAGGCAAACCAAAUCCCGCACUUCUGUUAUUGUGAUGAGGUGGACAUGACAGCACUGGUGGGUGUGCGAGCCCAGCUUAAAGGUGCAGCGGAAGGCCACGGCACCAGCCUCUCCUACAUGCCCUUCUUCAUCAAGGCUGCCUCCCUCGCCCUCACACACUACCCCAUCAUCAAUUCCUCCGUGGACAACAAAUGCGAGAAUAUCACUUACAAGGCCAGCCACAACAUUGGGGUGGCCAUGGACACCAGCGAGGGCCUGGUGGUGCCCAACGUGAAGGGUGUGCAGGGCCUCACGCUGCUAGAGGUGGCCUCUGAGCUCAACCGCCUGCAGGAGAUGGGCCUCAAGGGCAGCCUCUCCACCCAGGACAUUACUGGUGGCUCCUUCACCAUUUCUAACAUAGGCAUGAUCGGAGGCACCUACCUGAAGCCUGUUAUCCUGCCUCCUGAAGUAGCUAUUGGGGCCAUUGGCAAAAUACAGGUGCUGCCCAGGUUCGAUGCUUCAGGUAACGUCGUGCGUGCCCACAUCAUGCAGGUGAGCUGGUCGGCGGAUCACAGGAUCAUCGAUGGAGCAACAAUGGCCAACUUCUCUAACGUGUGGAAGUCCUUCUUAGAAAACCCCUCCAGGAUGUUACUCCACCUCAAGUAGGAGUGCUGGAGGAGAGGGUGAGUGGUGAAGGUAGUGGCAAUGUGGGGGUGAAGGAGAUUAUGGGUGGUGACGGUGAUGUAGGUGUGAAGUUAGUGGAGAUUGAUAUGGGUGGAGGUGGUGGUGAUAGUGGAAGUGGUGGGUGGUAGUAGUGGUAGUGGUAGUGGAGAUGGUGUCAUGAAGGCAGUGGCAAUGUGGGUAGAAAAAAAAAAACACAAAAGAUGGAUUACAAAGAGAUGGGAGAGAGGGAGAAGAUAGUAAGGCAUGGGUGGAUGGGGAAGGUGGUAGUGGUGGAUGGAGCAAGAGAGAUAAGAUUGUAAGGUGUGGGUGGGGAGGUGGUAGUGGUGGCUGGUGCAAGAGAGAUAAGAUAGUAAGGUAGUAGGUAAUGGAGGGAUAGAAAUAAAGGAAACCAGAUGUACAGUGAAAACAGGGUGGCAUAAACUAUUGACUUCUUUAUAACAGCACUGCCAUCCACCCCAAAGUUAGGUUACCGUUUUCUUUACCUCACUUUUCCUACUGCACACACACAUGCACAGGAACACACAGUACUUAACAAGAGUAUUACACAAUCACAUAAUUAAAUCUCAAAAUCACCUCCCUGGGAACAAAGAUUUAAAGUGCUGGGAGCAUCUCAAACAAAGCAAAGUAUUGUUUAACAUAGAUAGGUGAGGAGGAGAGAGGUGUGUGUGUGUGUGUGUGUGUGUGUGUGUGUGUGUGUGUGUGUGUGUGUACCAGUUUACACACAUACAGAUAAUACACAAAGGUUAAAGUGUAUUUGGCUGUAUACCUUUGCAUAUCAAGUAACUCAGAACCCUCAAACCUAUAAAAAAAAGGCUAAAUAAAAUAAAAAAGUAAUGAAAUUCAACUUAUCAUAUAAAAUUCUUAGCAGACUAAACUCAGGAGUGAUUCAAGCAAGGACUUCAUGAGUUCAGGGAUAGCUUUAUAAAUGUGGAUAUGAAGACAGGACAGUGUAAGCAUGAACCAAAUCCUGUAAACAACAACCUGGCAAAUACAUAGAGGUAAAAGCAGAAGUAUGUAUACCUCUUUAUGUGUAUGUCUGUAAGGUUAUACACACACAUGCACACUUCCUUUGCUUUAAAGUUGUUUGUGAACCUGAAAAGUGAAAAAGAGAAUAUGAAGUUGAAUAAUAUGUGUGAAAACAAGAAGUAAAAAGAAGAGAAAGAGAAAAAAAGACCAAUAUCAGUAACAAAAAAAUGGAGGGAAAUGAAUCAUGUUAUAAAAAAGAUGUGCAAAAAAAGGAGAGAUCAUCCAGACAAACCUGUAUGCAUCUCCUUGUUGUAGUGGCUAGCAUGUCCAGCUGUGUAGGUCUGUGUUAAAUCCCAACCCAAGGGAGUCAGUUUGCAUCUCACCCAACUGGCCAACCUCCCUUUCAGGUUUGUUAAAUGGGUACCUGGAGAAACCAGGGGAAGGUAAACUGUGGUGACCUGGAUAUCACACCUGCCCCCUUUGUCUCGAGGUAAUAGGUUGUCAUCCACCCUAGAGUCAAGGACCAAUGUCUUAGAGAUGAACACUGAUGCAACAUGCAGCUAUAGCGUAUGCCUGCAACUUUACCUUUACCUUUCAUCUAAUCAAACUAGGGAAAGAAAUUAGCUAACAGUGAAAAAAUGUGUGAUCAUAUGGAUUUUUUUCUAUUAUUGUUAUGAUAUAUUUUUUCCAUUAAUGUACUAGCAACAUACAGGUCAGUCUAGCUAAACUCAGAGAAAUAGCAAACAGUAAGUGAAUAUGGCAGUUAUACAUCAUUUGAAUAGAUAUUUUUGUUUAUAUUAUUUCUACCGUUUACCGUUGAUGAGGUUUCAGGCCCCGCUCCACUGCUAGUGCAGCGCUCUGCGAGGGCUGUCAACAAUUAAGAUGUUAGCCUCGAUAAUAAUCCUCGAUGCACUUAAUUCAAAACAUCGUAGUGAGUGAGUCUUGAUUGCUUUCAUGAAUAGCCUAAUGAUGUCCUUUUAAUAAACUUGGCAUCAGCAUAGUCACUUGGCCGUGUUUAGGUUCACACUAAAUUAUUUCCAAUUCACUGAACAUUUAACACAAUUUGUCUUUGAGUAUAAACACUAAUUAAUAGCCAUGAUCAGUUAUGUUACGAAUUCUGUCAAUUUCAGUCUGAAGUACUACACAACACUGGUCAUUAUUAGUGUUAUACUUUUUAUCUUUAAUUAACAACACAGUUGAGUCCAUUAGUUUGAAUAUCACCUGACCCAUACCUCUUGGGAUUAGUAGGUUUUCAGACUACUGAAUGGAGGCCAGAUCACAGCUGGCACUCAUGCAUACAGUGAUAUUAGGUUAUGAUUUCCAGACUUCAGAAAUGUGGUUAUCAGGAUUUUCAGAAUAGUGGAGUCCAAAUUAACACUUUCCCGAGGAUGAAAUAUCUGUUUUUUUAUUACUCUGUAUUUUUCAUUAAAGAGUGAGACAUAUAUGUCUCUUGAAACUGAAAAGAUGUCUGACAGUGAAAAAUGUAUGUUAUCAGGUGCCAUUUAAUCUUAGUUUUUCUUAAUUGUUGUUGUUAUUAUUAUUGUUGUUGUUAUUAUUAUUAUUAUUAUUAUUAUUAUUAUUAUUAUUAUUAUUAUUAUUAUUAUUAUUAUUAUUAUUAUUAUUAUUAUUAUUAUUAUUAUUAUUAUUAUUAUUUUAUUAUUAUUAUUAUUAUUCCACCAUUUUUACAAUAUUACAGCUUCUUCAUUGAGUGCAUAACAGUUCAGGUCAGGUAUCUGUGAAUUAACUUGUGCCUCACCUGGAUUUAGAACCUUUGUGAUUUAGUUCAUAGGUAUUUAGAUGAGACAUAUUUUUGUAGUUGUAUGAUUGUACUUGUAUGAUACUGUAAACUAGUCAGAUUGUGUUGUGAAAAUAAUUAAUUUCACUUCUGUUUUGAGCUCAGUGUUACAGCUGAAGAAGUAAUAGACAGACAGACAGACAAAGACAAACAGACAAGCAGAGGCAAGACAGACAGACACAGACAAAGAACAGAUAGACAAAGUGAGUAAGAAAGAGACAGAUAGACAGGCAGGCACAGACAAAGAGAGAGAGAAGCAGAAAGAUACAGACAGACAGAUAUAGACACAGAGUAACUGAUUAAUUUAAAUGGGGAAAAAGGUUGCAAUAGUUAGCCAUCAGAAUUUAACAAGUGUAAGAAAUAACCAGGAAAAUAAAAAUAUAAAAUUAAAAAAAAAAAAUCAAAACCAAUGCCAUUUGUAUGUAUCUUCAUAGUUUUUUUUAGGUGUUUGUACAUAAGUUUGUCUGUACCAUAGCCAUUGUUAUGUGAUACUGAAAGCUGCUGCUGGUGAUUGAACAUUUUAAUGAAAGUUUUUU